GUUUUAUGUUGCAAACUUCAAAAUAAAUCGAUUUAUGAUUGCAAUUUGACAACGUGGUUGCGAAAUGUCAGAAAAAUGUCAGAAGUCUCAAAAAAGUAUUUUACGAGUCGUUUCCUUGAAAUGAUUGAACAAUUAUCAGUGUUUAUCGUAUGAAUAUUAAUUAUGUCUCAUAGUACGAUUUUUGAACUUCUACUAUCGUAACACAUUCAUUCGUGUGACGUAUAUGGAGUGAACAAUGGGUGAUGAAGACAGGCCUUUGAUUGGUGUGAUAGAUGCUGGCACAAGGACUGUAAAAUUUUGUGUGUUUGCUAGUCAACAAACUAAGGAAAUUGCUGAACAUGCUAUUGAUGUGGAAAUUGUGACACCAAAAGAAGGAUGGUCGGAACAGGACCCUCUGGAAAUAUUGAGGGCUAUAAAAGAAUGUAUUGAAAAAGUAUUAUUAGAAUUAGGGCCCAGAGCAAAAAGAAUUGUAACAAUAGGAAUAACCAAUCAACGUGAAACAACCAUAGUGUGGGACAAAUUGACUGGAAAACCAUUAUACAAUGCUAUAGUGUGGAAUGACAUAAGGACAGACUCGACAGUAGACAUAAUACUAGGAAGGACACCAGAAAACAAUAAAAACUACUACCAGUCCAUAUGCGGUCUUCCAAUUUCGCCUUACUUUAGCGCCUUUAAAUUAAAAUGGCUCACGCAUUUUUCUCAGGACGUGCGAAGGGCUGUCAAAGCCAAAAGGUGCCUUUUCGGAACUGUGGACACCUGGAUAUUAUGGAACUUGACUGGCGGCCCGCAAGGUGGCGUGCAUCUCACAGACGUCACGAACGCGUCGCGCACUUUUCUUAUGAACCUGGACACCCUGAACUGGGACCCGCUGUUGAUGCACACUUUCAGGCUUCCGUCAGAACUGCUACCCGAGAUCCGCAGCAGUUCGGAGAUUUACGGCAAAAUCACGAAAGGUUACCCGUUGGAAGGCGUCACAAUUUCGGGAAUUUUAGGUAAUCAGCAGUCUUCUUUGGUGGGGCAGUGUUGUUUGAAGGAAGGGCAGGCAAAAAAUACGUACAGAAGUGGCUGCUUUUUGCUUUAUAAUACCGGUAAUGUUAGGGUUCAAUCAACACAUGGUUUGGUCACCACGGUAGCUUACAAAUUUGGUAGUGAGCCUCCUGUUUAUGCUUUGGAAGGUAGUGUGGCUGUGGCAGGUGCGGCAAUGAAUUGGCUCAGAGACAAUAUGGGCUUUAUAAAGGACGUUUCCAAAGACACUGAAUCUUUGGCUCAGGAAGUUUUCAACACCGGCGACGUGUACUUCGUGCCGGCUUUCAAAGGGUUGUACGCGCCCUAUUGGCGGAAGGACGCUAGAGGAAUAAUUUGCGGACUGACGGCGUUCUCGACGAAAAAGCACAUUGUGAGAGCCGCACUUGAAGCGGUUUGCUUCCAAACCAGGGAUAUUUUGGAAGCCAUGAACAAAGAUUGCGGUUUCCCUUUGAGCAAGUUACAUGUAGAUGGCGUCAUGACGACCAACAACUUAUUGAUGCAACUACAAGCUGAUAUCAGUGGCAUUCCAGUUAUCAGAGCACAGUCCCAGGAUAUUAGUGCUCUGGGUACGGCAAUAGCAGCGGGAUCCGCCAAAGGUGUGGAAGUUUGGGAUGUAAACUCCGAAGAACGGGAAAUUGUGCCCAGCGACACCUUUUUGCCCACGUCCACUGAAGAUGAACGGGAUUCAAGGUACACGAAAUGGAAAAUGGCGGUUCAGAGAUCUUUGGGUUGGGCACUGCCGAAGAAGUCCGCGGUUAUGACGGAGGAGAGGUACAAAAUGUUGGCCAGCGUGCCUGCUGGUGUGUACUUAAUAACGACCUUUUCCGUUUUGGCGCUUUCGACUUACUUGACCCCGAACGGGGUGUAGUCUGAAAAUACUCGAGAAAGUAUUUUCCGUAAUUUUUUAGACAAAAUUCAUAUUCCAAAGUAAUGAUUGACAUUCUAUUAUUUUUUCUACAAUUAAGUCCUAAAGUAUUUAAUUUACAUGACGCAGUUUUAUCAACUAAAAACCAUUUUACUCUCUAUAUUUUUAUUGUACAUUUAUUUUAUCCGCAAGAUUGUUAUUGUACUUAAUUGUUAUUUUUGGUUGUUAAGUUUUUUUUAGACAAUACAUUUGUUUUUAAA